AUGGCCAAACCGACAUUAAAAGGUCUCCCAACGGAGCUGCUCAUUCUCAUCUUGCUUAAAAUACACGAUCUGGCUACUCUUAAGUCUAUCGUGCUUUCAUCGCCAAUAUUUCACCAAGCCUACCUUCCAGUGCGACAGGGAGCUCUCUAUGGCAUUGUCAAGGAUCAAUGGGGAGUGCUUCUAGCAGAUGCAAUUACUGCUACACGGUCUCGUGGUCUCCUUUUCAGCAGUCACAAACACGAAGCAAUUGCAUUGUUAGACACCUGGCGUCGUAGAGAAGAAAUCAGUACUCUUGCCUCGACUUCGUCGAAUCGGAUAGAUGAGCCUGGCAGCCUGGAAGAGAUUUUUCACCUACUCUAUCUUCAUAAGGUGUUCCAUUUCUUUCUGGACGAUUAUGCGAAGAACAUACGGCGGCCCCCGUGGAUGGGAAGUGAUCAAUGGGAAACUUCAGUGAUCCCUAUUGAGUUGUCUCAAACUGAAAAGCACCGGUUGCUCAGAGCUUUAUGUCGAUUGCAAACCUACGAGCAUAUAUUUGGGUACCCUGAACGCCAGAAUGGGAACGGUUGGCUCGACAACAAUUGGAACAGAAAGCCAAAAUCUAGCUCUUCUAUGCCUCCCCAUGAAGAGGCAUAUCGCGUAUUUUUUGGACCGAUGCCUCCUUGGGAAUACCACGAAAUGGCCUGUGUAUGGACAUACUUCACGGCGAUGUUCGACCCUAUUUACAAGGAAAUGACUGCCGGCCUACAUGAUCUUAUGGAGGAGCACAUGAACAAAGAUGAUUGUCACUAUCAAUUUUUCGAAUUUCUCCCUGAUGAGGUAAUGCCAUUUUGGGGUAAUUUAGAGACUCUCCAAAGUCUUGAGAAUCUUCCGGAUCGGUCCAGGUCACUUGCUACAAUGGGGCCAGAGUCUGUUUACCGCCUUCUUCAUGGGACGCCCUUGAUUCGGCGCGAUAUGGUGAUGCUUAAUGCAUUGGAGGACGAAUUGAGCAAUUUCCCUCCUGUAUGGAUGUCGGAGGAGGAGAGACUUCCUUUUCUUUAUCCUGCAGAUCGAUAUGCAGUUCGAGAUUAUGAGCAGUUUUGGUCGACAUUACCGUCUAGCGAGCAACCUAAUCUUGGGUGGAAAAAGUUGUAUUUGCUGCCUAUGUCUGAUAUACCGGUAGAAACACUUGAAGAUGUGGUCGAUUUGCAAAGUGGAGAUGAAGGUACAUGGUGCUGGGGAGUUGCUAUAUUUGAUGAUGAAAGAUUGACGGCAUGGAAAGCACCUUUAUUGCAAUAUCGUUCGGGUCAGUUGCCCGAAUCUCCAGUUUAG